AAGUUAACAACUAUGAACCAAGUUCGGUACAUACUACAUUGAUACUCAAACUUGAUAGAUACUCUCUAGUCCCGACCAAUCGGUAUUCGUCAAUCAAUUAUCACCAUAAGUUCCAGACUCGCCACUCAUUAUAAUUGACAAAAAUUAUCAGUGAACAUUGGUGGACUGUCAACAUUACAUAACGUUAUUCUUUAAUUUUUAAUUUCUUCUAAAUUGUUUUUAAUGUUAAUUAAAUAUAUUAGCUGUGAAUGGUAAUGUCUUUUCCAGCCCAAAACGCAAGAGGUAUUCAAAAUCGAAAGAUACUCGAAGACUUGGAACUGAAAAAACAGAUAUUAUUAAAAACCGGUGCUGUUCCAACUCCUCCAACAGUUUCUCAUCCUACAACUCCGGGAACAUCUGAUAGUCACUUUCAACGUGCCCAAGCUUUGCAAUCUGCAGGAUUCUUCAUCACCACAGAUUCAGCAUUUGGUAAUUCUAUACUUCCUGUCCUACCUCGUAUUGAAAAAUAAUACUCAAUCAUGGCGGCGGGAACAAUGA